AUGGCACCAUACAAGAGCGUCAAGUACCGAUCGUGGUACUCCGAGAUGCACAAGAGUGAGUAUGUCAACGCGGAACUCGACCCGACCGACACAGUCAUAAACACCGACAAACUGAACACUGUCGUCCUCGAUUGGGUCGUCCAAGUUGAAGACGAUGGACAGUUCGACCUCUUCAUCCUCCAGGAGUUCCAAAAGUCCUUCGAGGAUUGGACUCAAGAUAUCAUAAGUGCGGUCGACGUGCGGCUCCGGAAAGCAGUCAAGGAAUUGCUCCGACACCGAGGGAUUUACAUCCAGAUCAACAGUCGUGACACAGUAAUAACGCAACUGUACAACCUCCUCCAUCUCUCGUCGUGCCCGAUAUGGCCUGACGACGAGCUUGGGCUUAUGCGACUCGUCGACGGUUUCAAGUGUCGACAGCUCACAAACAGCAACUACAGUUACCCUAACCCUCCGCAGCCACCAACAGGAUACCCACAAGCACAGUACUCACCGUCGCCAGCUCAACUCAACGUGACAGCACUCACAAACCUCGCGAAGCUGUACAAUAACAACGAUAAGUUCAGUGGUGACAAGUAUGACGUGCUCAGUCACAAACUGGUCAUCUUUCGAGAGCUUUGCGCCAAAGUCGGCAUUCAACCUGGCCAAACUGACCGCUACAAGCUAGCCAUCUCCACUAUGCUUACUGGCAAAGCGUCAACUUACUACUACCAAUCUAUCGCUCCACUUGACCUUGGAUACGAAGACAUCAUCGCGAAACUGGGCGCCUACUUCCACACUACCGAGAACUACCAGUUGUUCUUGAACGAAUGGCGCACCAUUAUGCUAAAGGACGUCAUCGCAAGUAAUCCUGACAAGACAAUUGCGCAAUGCCUUGACUUGCUCAUCGACAAGCUCCACAAGCUGUACCAAGCGAUGGCUCAGCAGAAUGGACUCAGCGAGUCAAGCCUCACCGGACAACUUGUGUCAGCAUGCCAGGGUGUCGAAGCCUGCAGCGCAGUCCUGAUCCGACCUGCGUCGACCUUUGAAGCAGUCGCUUCAGAGCUCCGCAACGCCGUCGGUAACUGGCAACGCUGUCACCCGCAUGCUCGAACGCAGUUCAACUAUGACAAUGAACAGACAGACGAUGACAUCUUCUACACAAACCGACGAUACAACCGAAACGACGAACCUCGCGACAGACCCCGAGGCUAUGGCACCGGUCGCUUCAACCGCGGACCGACGCUGUCACGACCGCGAUACCCUCCCCGCCGCUCGCACGAUAAAAAGUGCUAUGUGUGCGGCAAACAAGGAUGCUGGUCAACGCGACAUUCACACGAGGAGCGCAAUGAGUCGCACCAACGCUUCAAGACUUAUGUCCAAAACCACGAUCUCGAUGACGACUACGACGUGUUCCUCGCCGGAUUCGAAGGCAUCGAGCUUCAUGACGAGGCAGAGGACGACGACGGCAACCGCGUUGAUGACCUCGAUGCGUACUUCCAACAUGAACAAUUCAACACCGCUGCUUGCGGAACCAUCGACGGGCAAGCGCUCACCAUCAACCUCAACGACGCCGCGGCGACCCACGCGAUCACUGGGAUCGACCCAUACGCGUCGGAGACUGCAAAGGAGGCACCCCACAUGUUCACCUUCGAUCACCGAUAUGGUGCUCACUGUUUCCAAGGCAUCAUGCCCGACACCGGCGCGGCCGGAGUCUCCACUGCAGGAAAGACCCAGGUCAUGGCACUGCAACGCCUCCAGCCAUCGGCCACGAUCAAUGAGUCCACGGCAGGUCGCCACCGAAUUCGAUUUGGAGAUAACCCAGAGUGUCUCUCACUUGGCGAGGUGAAGGUCAAAACCCCGCUCGGCGUUAUACUUUUUGCGGUGAUGCCGACCAACACGCCUUUCUUGCUGUGCCUUGCAGACAUGGACCGCCACGGGAUCUACCUCAACAAUGUUGACAACGUGCUUGUACACGAGUCACGGGAGUACCCCAUUGUGCGCAAAUGGGGACACCCAUGGCUCCUGCUCGACGACCAAGAGACCGCGACGCACUACCUCACCGAGGUAGAGCUUGCGCAACUCCAUCGGCGCUUUGGUCAUCCAGCUGCGGGACGACUCUACAAGGUCCUCGCGAGAGCAGGUUAUGACGAAGUCGAUGCGGCGACCAUCGAAAAGAUCAACAAGUUCUGUCACCAAUGUCAGAUUACUGGCAAGGCGCCAGGACGAUUUCGGUUUACCCUCCGCGACGAUAUCAACUUCAACUAUCGACUUAUCGUCGACGUGAUGUACAUUAAUCAGAGGCCAGUACUUCAUGCUAUUGACGAAGCAACUGCCUUCCAAGCAGCGCGCUUUCUCACCGACAUGAAAGCAAGCACAACAUGGGACACACUCCGCGCCAUGUGA